AUGACUUGCUACUACCCGGACGGAAACACUAUCUCAGAUGACGUGCCAUGCGAUUCCAGUGCCGAGCAGUCAGCAUGCUGCGGCUCGGGGGCAACCUGCAUGAUGAACGGCCUCUGUUUGAAUUACGGACUUUUCUCUCGCGGCUCCUGCACCGACUCGUCAUGGAAAAGUGAUGCCUGCCCACAACAGUGUACAGACUACAAUCCCUCCGAGGGCGCCGGAAUCAAACUCUGCACCCGCGCCUCAAACGGCGCCUCGACAUGGACCUGCGGUAGCCAAGACUGCGACACGGCCGAAACUUUCAAGAUCACCGCCAACUUCACCCCCAUGGUCGAAACUGCCACCUGCGACAACACGACUUCUUCCAAUGCGACGUCGUCAGGCUCGGGCGGAGGCUUCUCGAGCGGACAGAUGGCCGGUGUGGGUGCGGGCAUAGGAGUGCCGCUGCUGCUCGCCUUCCUGGUCACGCUCUUCCUGCUGCUGGGCGAGAAACGGAAGAGGAGGAGCCCGAUGAUGGAUGGCCAGGUCCAGCAGCAUGCUGCCAUGUUCGAACCCAUGAGACACCACCAACAACCGCCGCCGGCUUGGAACAACGUGGAACUCGACACUGCAGGCGAAAGGCAAGAGCUACCCGUCGAUAAUCCGAAGCGUGUAUGA